GUUGACUGAUCUGGUUGAAAAUUUACAAAAAAAUAGAAAUAGUUUUAAUUUUUUGGUAAAGUUAAAAUGUGGUCAAUAGUGCGCGCUUCGGCGCGUAAGAUGUGGGCUGCUUCUACACUAGCCCGUUCUUUUGGUUAUGCCGGUGGUGUUCCCGGCAACAACUUGCCGUGGCGUAAGGGUAUGGAUAACCCAAUGCGUUUCACUCUUUUCUAUCUUAUAAUUGGGACUGUUGGCUUUGGUGCCCCGUGGUUGGUAGUACGCCAUCAGAUGCUGCGUAAUGUCGUUGAUGAGCCUCCACCACCGGAAGAGGAGCCAGAACCUCCCAAGGAUGAGAAGAAAAAGAAGUAAAUUUGUAUGCUGCCCUAUUGUGCCCCAAGUACUUCCACAACAUAAUUGAUUUUUCGCCCAAACAUACAUACGUACUCAAUGAAAUAAUAAACAAAUUGGUUCUUUAGUUUCUUCAACUGGAAA